AUGAUGCAUUUAGGAGAAGAUGUAUUGAAAGGUGGAAACAUAUUUGGAAGCCCAAAUCAAACAGUGAUCAGAGAAUUCAUUCUCCUGGGAUUUGGGAACCUUCAUGUGCUAAGGGUACCUAUCUGUGUGCUAUUUCUUUUGGUCUAUAUAGUAACAUUAACAGGCAACAUCAUGAUCACAGUAGUUGUGUUGGCUGAUCGUAACCUUCAUAACCCCAUGUACUUCUUCCUGGGAAAUCUCUCUUUCCUGGAAAUAUGGUACACCACCAGUGUGGUUCCAAAGAUGCUGAAAACAUUUCUGACUGUCCAUGAGGCGAUUUCUUUCUCAGCUUGUCUCUUACAGCUUUACGUUUUUGGCUCAUUAGCAGUAACUGAGUGUUUUCUCCUAGCAGCUAUGUCCUACGAUCGUUACAUGGCCAUAUGCCACCCACUACACUACAAAACCAUCAUGAAUGUCAGGGUGUGCAUUCAGCUAGCAAUAGUGUCAUGGGUUGGUGGGUUUCUUUCCAUGGUGGUCACCAUCAUAAUGAUUUCCAUGUUGCCUUUCUGUGCUUCAAAUAAAGUUGAUCAUUUCUUCUGUGAUUUGGCACCCAUCAUUAAACUUGCUUGCGGAGACACGCAGGGGGUGAGGAUCCCUGCUUUCAUUAUUGCCUCCCUCGUAUCCUUCCCUCCAUUCCUACUAACCAUUGUGUCCUACUAUAAAAUCAUCUCUACCAUCCUCAAGAUCCCAUCUGCCAAAAGCAAAAAGAAAGCUUUUUCCACCUGUUCCACACAUCUCAUUGUGGUUACACUGUUCUAUGGGACAUUGAUGGCAGUAUAUGGUAUACCUACAACAACUUGGUGUCCAAACCUAAGCAAAGUCUUUUCUGUGCUCUAUACAGUAGGGACACCAAUGGUUAAUCCAAUUAUAUACAGCCUGAGGAACAAGGAUGUCCAAAAUGCAUUGAGAAAGCUGUUCAAUAGAAAUCCUGCAUUGACACGUGCAUGA